AUGGCAGGCGUAUACCUCUUGUCCAGCAUUUUGUGCCUGGUUUUUUCCAAAGCUCUAAGCGCCGACAUUAUUGAAGGCAACUACAAUGUAACGGCCUUCUGUACCUCGGUUAAGACCGGCACCAGGCUGGGUAGCCUUGAAUCCUGUGAGAAAUACUAUCAAUGUGAUUCCACCGGACCACGGGCCAUUAAUUGUGAUUCCGGUUACUCAUUUGAUUUGGCUAAUCAACGCUGCUCCCCGUCAUCUCAGGUUAAUUGCGCUGUUGGUGUCGGCAGCUUGGGGAACCCUUGUGUUGGUAAGAGUGGAAGCAAAUGGGUACCAAUUCAAGGGAAUUGCAAGGCGUAUGUGUACUGUCAGGAUGAUAAGGAAAUCGGCAAAGGAACUUGUCCACAAGGAUCGAAAUUUGAUGGACAGACACAGCAGUGUGUUUCUGGCCAAUGCUCCGAUCAAAUAGAAGGCACUUAUCUUCAGAACUUGUGCAGCGUUGCGGCCCCAGGAAUAUAUUUCGGCAGCACAGUUGAUUGUGGAACAUGGAACUACUGUACGCCAAGUGGUGAACUUAAAACCGGCUCUUGUAGCGAAAGUGGGAAUGUCAAGACUGGAUUCAAUGUACAACUACAAGCAUGUGAUUACAGCACUAAUUCGGUGUGUAGUAGAGUAACAAACCAGGACUUGACUUCAGGAGGUGGUCCCUGCACUACCAGGGGAGAAACGAGAGGGGACAACUAUGUGUGCGGCAAUUACUAUGUAUGUAAUGGCGAAAUUUUUGUGCCCACCUAUUGCCCCGCUGGGCAAUAUUAUGACACAAUAGCCAAGGCAUGCCGUUCGCGACAAAUUGCCGUUGCCACGAAGGGCUGCAACAGAUGCCAAUACGCAAUGACCACUUUCGUGAAUGCUGUCGACAACACUGCCUGCAGGGAUUACGUGUAUUGCAAGAAUGGCGUGGCCACAUCUACUGGACCAUGCCCUGAAGGUACAUUUUUUGAUGAGGCCACUCAAUACUGUCAGCCAGAUUCUAAGUUGACUGGAUACGUUAGUACCAAUGGAGCUUGUAAUGGGAGGCGUACGGGCACAGUGAGUCUCAAGAGUUUUCUGGUCUGCUCACUCUUUUGUAAAUUGAAAAACAGCUGUAUUUUAGCAUUCUUGCGUGCGCUUGUUCUGAUAUAUUGUGAAUCAGAGGAGUGCAUUGAUCGUGCUAGUUUUGUCAAGCUGAUGCGUCAUGCCGGCGGAAAACUUACCGAGCAGAAGGCUCAAUCGCUCUUUUAUGCUAUAGACACUUCCAAUUUGGGUUACAUUUCGUUUGAGAGUUUUGUUCAAUACACACAAGUACGUGGUUUUUAA